AUGAGCGCCGACGUGAGAGUCAACACGGGCGCGGGCGGGUGGGCGGCGGACCCCGCCCUGGAUGCGUCCGCCCUCUCCACGGCACGCGCCGGCGACGACGCCACGACCGCCAUCGCCGCAGAUGAAGCACGGAAGAAGGUGGCCGACGCCGACGAGCCGGAGUCACUCCUGCUUAAGCUAAUCGGGGGCCCAGUCCGCCCCUUUAGCGAGUGGCAUUGGCGUGAGGCGAAGUAUUUUAAGGAGCUGCGAGAGGCAAAGGAGGCAAAGGAGUCCCCGACGACGCCCGGCCCGGCAACAGACGGCGCGCCGCAGCUUCAGCCGCCUUCCACGUGCACAUCCGAUUGCAAGGCCUCGUCGGUAUGCUGCGAAGACCUUCAUCGUGCCUUUUCGCAGACUGACCCGUUGUCUCCCGCGAGCGCGGCUCUGCAGGUGCUGACCCCCCUGCUCGACAACUACACCACCCCCAUCACGCAUCAGGGGCCCGAGUACUUUAACAGUGCCUCCCAAGCAAGUGAGGCGUCGCUCUGCAUCAUCAUGGUGGGGCUCCCUGCGCGGGGGAAAACAUUUUUGGCGCAGAAAAUCUGUAGACUUCUGGGGUGGCACGGCUGCCGAGCAAAAGUGUUGAAUAUUCAGGUGGCAUGGCGACGUCUGCUAAUGGAGUACAACAAGUGCCGUCAGUAUUUAGACGCCUCCACCGGGGUGUCGUCUGAUUGCCCCGCGUCUCCCUUCAGAAGUGCCCUGUCUAAUCCAGGGUGCCCUCUGGAACAAUUGCAGAGCUCAGAAACUUGCGACAUGGCAAAAGACACAGCAAUAAACGCGGAGCAAAUAAAAACGGCCGACACCGCGGCCUCGGUAUCGCCUGGGCUUCCCUUACCGUCAGCUGAGGCGUCACAGCCGACGGGGUACGUCUGCGCGGAGCACUUUCGGGCACUCAUUUCUGACCCGGAUAGCGUCGAACGUCGCCUCUAUCGCUGCGUGCUUGAGCGGUACGCCGUCGAUGCGAAGGCGUUUUACGCGCAUGGCGGGGAGGUGCUUGUCGUGAACGAUGACUUCCCCACGGAGGAGCUGCGAGAUGAGGCGGAGGCGCUUUUCUCGCCAUUGGCUUCGCAGACUUUCUUCAUGGAGGUCGUCCGGAGCCAUCAGCUGAACCACAAGUUCAAUGAGCUGAAGGUGAAGGACAGCUCCGAGUACCCACGUGAGGUGGCUGCGACGGAGGCGCAGCAGGACUUUGCGCGCCGUGUGGAGUACAUCAACGAGGUCUACACGACGCUCACCUCGACGUGUGGUGGUCACUGGGAGUCCUCUGAGGAUUUGGCGUCGUUGCCCGAGGGGUCGCACGACGAUCCCGCGGGGCCGGAGAAGUGCAAACUGCGAAAGCAACGCGAGAGGGGGUACUUGAAGCUACGAAAUUUGAUGGAUAUUGAGGUCCACGGCCUGACGGGUUACACGGCGAGUCGCAUCGUGUCGUAUGUCAUGAGCCUGACCCAGCACAAGGUGCAGCAUCCCAUUUUUUUUAUCCGACACGGGGAGUCGCUAUAUAACCUUGAGGACCGCAUCGGUGGGGACUCCGCGUUGAGCGCUAAUGGAGAAAAGGGGGCCAAUGAAAUUCUGGGCUUUCUAGCCUCCCUGAAGGACUACUGCUCCGCGGAGGCCAGCAAGAAGACAGACAGGGAGCGCUGCCGCGACGCCACGGAUGGGAAAAGGCGUGCUGCUAGCAAUAGUGAAAGCAAGGACGGAAGUGAAGGGGGCCGGGAUUACGUGGAGCUUUGGACGAGUCAGCUGCGCCGUGCGAUUCAGACCGUAGAGAGCAGUGAACGGUUGCUGGGGAUAAAAACAGUGCGCUGGAGUAGCCUCAACGAGAUCCACGCCGGUAUUUGCGAAGAACUCACUUAUGCGGAGGUGCGAGAGCGGCACCCGCUGAUUGAUCACUUCCGCAAAGUCAACAAGUACACCUUUCGCUACCCAGGGGGGGAGAGCUAUCAGGACUUAGUCUUGCGGCUGGAGCCGGUGAUUAUGCAGCUUGAAAAUGCCGACCGCAUCGUCGUCGUCGUCGCGCAUCAGGCUGUUCUGCGGGCGCUGCUCUCGUACUUUGGCAGCACCUCCGCGGAAAGCUGCGUGCGGCUGGAGGUGCCGCACCGCACCGUCUGGCGCUGCACAUACGACAGCAAAGGUAUCGCCUCACUGGAUGAGCUGAAGUUUGCUCUGCAGUGGGGCGAAGAAGGGAGUGAACCACAUACACAAAAGGAAAAGUGUAAGUAG